GAAGAAAAUUCUAGAACCACACUUUUUUCAAUCUUACACUUCUAUCGUGUCUCUCUCUCUCUCUCUCUAUAUAUAUAUAUCUAUAUAUAAUGGCCCUUUGUGUUUGCUCCUUCAUAUUAACCUGGAGAAGAGAAUGGCAGCAAACGAUGAUGGUGUUGAUGUGGCGGUAGCGGAGGAAACAACCCACGAUCUCCAAUCUCUCCUCUCUUCUUCGCAGAGAGACUACCUUGUUCGGAAUAACGGUGAUCAGGUUAAAAUAGACACUUUGAAAGGGAAGAAGGUUGGGAUAUAUUUCUCAGCAUCAUGGUGUGGCCCAUGUCAAAGGUUCACCCCCAAUUUGGUGGAGGUUUACAAUGAACUGCUCCCCAAGGGUGAUUUUGAGAUCGUAUUUGCCUCAGCUGAUGAAGAUGAUGAUUCAUUUGACAAGUAUUUCUCCAAGAUGCCUUGGCUUGCAGUUCCAUUCUCUGAUUCUGACACGCGUAGGCGCUUGGAUGGAACGUUCAGCGUGAUGGGAAUACCUCACCUUGUAAUCCUUGAUGGAAAUGGUAAGGUUUUGACCGAUGGUGGAGUUGAGAUCAUCGGGGAAUACGAGGCAGAAGGGUACCCUUUUACCCCAGAACAUGUCAAACAAAUUAAAGAGGAGGAAGCAGCAGCUAGGAGGGAUCAAUCCUUGAGAUCUGUCUUAGUCUCACGCACACGUGACUUUGUAAUAUCAACUGAUGGGAGGAAAGUUCCUGUUACUGAACUUGAGGGGAAGAUUGUGGGCCUCUAUUUCUCAUUACCUACAUACCGUGAAUGCACAGAGUUUACGCCAAAACUCAUUGAAGUUUAUAAAAAGUUGAAGGCAAAGGGAGAGAACUUUGAAAUCAUAAUGAUACCCCUUGAUGACAAGGAAGAACCAUUCAAAGAAGGGCUUGGAAGUGUGCCUUGGUUUUCACUGCCCUUCAAGGACAAGAGCUGUAAGAAGCUGGUUCAGUACUUUGAGCUCUCAACCUUUCCUACUUUGGUCAUCAUUGGGUCUGAUGGGAAGACUCUGCAUUCUAAUGUUGCUGAAGUUGUAGAACAACAUGGCAUGCUCGCAUACCCUUUUACACCUGAAAAGUUUGCUGAGAUUGAGAAGAUAGAAAAGGAGAAGAGGGAAGCACAAACGCUGGAGUCGAUUUUGGUUUCAGGAGAUCUCAACUUUGUAAUUGGAAAAGAUGGAGUGAAGAUUCCCAUCGCUGAUCUUGUUGGGAAAAAUAUCCUCCUCUACUUCUCUGCACAUUGGUGUCCUCCAUGCCGAGCUUUUCUGCCUAAACUUAUUGAAGCCUAUCAUGAGAUUAAGGCAAAGGAUGAUGCAGUUGCAGUGAUUUUCAUAUCAAGUGACAGAGACCAAUCUGCAUUUGAUGAAUUCUUUUCUGGAAUGCCAUGGCUAGCACUUCCCUAUGGUGAUAACAGGAAGGGAUCUUUGGGUCGCCUAUUCAACGUUCGCGGCAUCCCUAAGCUAGUUGCAAUUGGGCCAACUGGCCGAACCGUGACAACUGACGCCAGAGAACUUAUUAUGUUACAUGGGGCUAAUGCCUAUCCCUUUACAGAGGAGCGUAUAAAGGAGAUUGAGGCGCAGUAUGAGGAGAUGGCAAAGGGGUGGCCUGAGAAGGUGAAGCAUGCACUCCAUGAGCAUGAGCUUGCACCCACUCGACGUAGGGUUUAUACAUGUGAUGGGUGUGAUGAGGUGGGAAAUGUGUGGGCAUUCAGCUGUGAAAAGUGUGACUUUGAUCUCCACCCAAAAUGUGCUUUGGAAGAGGACAAGGGAACCAAGGAAGGAGCUGAGGAGGCAGCUGAGAAAGAACAGGAACCCAAAGAAGGAUGGAUUUGCGAUGGAGAAGUUUGUCACAAACCUUAAGAAGUCUCUGUUCUAUAUAUUACCUUAGUGUUCCAUCCUCUUCUUGCUUUCAUGGCUGGUUAUGCUAUAAAUAAACAAGGCCUGUAUAAUAUAGAUUCCUAAGCUUUGAAGACGUCCUCUGUUAAUCACUUGAAUGUAGUAAAAUAUCAAGUGAUGAAGUACUUAUGUUUAUGUAUAAGCUUUGCUAUAUAUGAAGUGGUGAAUAUUUUCUAUUUAGUAAAAGAAAGAACUUUAUUACUUUCAGAGAAUGCUUACUCUGCGCGAGAGGUCAAGAUUAUGAAGGCAUAGAUCCAAUGUCUAGACGGGGUCUAUGAAUGAGACCACAGUGAGAUUUUGUGUAUAAUUGUAAAGUAAAACCAUUAUCUCUGCAUUAUCAGGUGGACUUUGAUUUUGUAUAGU